AUGGACGUGGAUUCGAAAGACCUGGGUGGUGGGUUCGGAUUGCUCGAGCGCGUCGUGUCGCAGUACCCGAUGCUGACUACGUUGGCUUCCUACGUCUCUAUCGACCUCUUCUACCUAGCCCUGACAUGCCGCGCCAACCACGCCUCGAUUCUAGGAUCGCCUACCCGCGAGACGUUCACCCCCGAGGAGCUCAGAGACGGCGUUUGGCGAAGCCUUGAAAAUGUGCACGACGCUAUUCCAGAAGUGCGCCUCUUCAACAUCACACGUGACGAGGCUGGCGGACUUGUCGCAGGUACGCACCAUAUCCGCUGCCUCCGGCCGCAUAUUCUGCACAAAGAGCAUGUCUGGAAUGUCAUGGCACUCUGCGAGACAUGCGACGAUAAAAAGGAGAAAGAGCUCAAGGGCAAAUUCUUGAACGAGCGAUGCAACUGCGACGCCAUCCGGUGGUGGGUGUGCACUUCGUGUGCCGAACGGCAGGAGGACGAGGACCCAACCUACCGUUACUGGAUAGGAGAGUUUGGCGCUGCAUACCCAACACCGUAUCCGCCACUGCCAUACCCCGAGCUCGUUCGCCAGCAGGAGUCGGCCGUCACGGAGCCGGACGCCGCGGAGCCGGACGUCGCGUCCCCUUGA